AUGGUAUUUGUUUGCACAAAAGAAGGAAGGUAUAUGGCGAAAACAAAGAGCGAUGGUGUCGUGGAGGGGAAUGACGAGAGAGAGGAAGAUGAAAACGUGAUACCGAAGAAAAGGGCUAGAAAUUGUUCAACUGUUAGAUGUGGAUGCAAGGCUCUGUUGCAGAUUGUGAAUGACAAAUGGAGUACCAAAUGGAAAGUAACAGUUUUCAACGACAAUCACAACCACCCAUUAGUGACUCCAUCCAAGAGGAUGAAAAUGAAGUCAAAUCGACACAUGCCCAAAGCAGUUAAGGAUUUGACUGAAGUAUUUCAUAGAGAAAAUUUGAAAGUUAGUAAAGUUCCUUCAAUUUUUGAUGGCAAACACAUGGGCUUUGAUAAUAGGGAUUGCUAUAAUCAUUUGAGGAAUGUGAGGCAUAAAGAGCUAGAUGGCGGGGAUGCACAAUCACUCCUCACCUACUUUAGGAACAAACAAGCACAAAAUCCACAAUUUUUUUAUGCAAUUCAAUGUGAUGAAAGUGAGAGGGCAGUGAAUUUUUUUUGGGUGGACUCUCAAUCUCGCAUGGCGUAUCAUUAUUUUGGGGACGUAGUCACAUUUGACACAACAUAUCGAACAAACAAGUAUGAUAUGCCUUUUGCACUAUUUACGGGAGUAAACCAUCACAUGCAGUCAAUACAGUUCAGAUGUGCACUUUUACAAGACGGGACAGAGGCAACAUUUUUAUGGUUGUUUGAGACAUGGCUUGAAGCUAUGGGAGGACAUCCUCCAACUUGUAUCAUCACUGACCAAAACUUGGCAAUGAAGGCAGCGAUCACCAGUCUUUCCCAACACCCGUCAUCGUCUAUGCAUUUGGCACAUUACGAAGAAAUUUGUUGAAAAUUUGUCACAAGUGUAUUACAAGAGAUCAAAAUUCAAGAAGGAUGUGAAAAAAUGUAUUUGGACGACAUAUAAGAAAGAGGAUUUUAAAGAGAGAUGGAUGGAAUUGAAGAAGGAAAAUGGGUUAGAAAGCAACAAAUGGCUUCAACAAUUGUAUGAUAUUCAUGAUUCAUGGGUACCUGUUUAUAAUCGUGGCACAUUCUUCGCGGGUAUGAAUACUACCGGACGUAGUGAGGGCGUCAAUUCAUUUUUUGAUGAUUUUGUAACUUCGACUAAUCUCAAAGAAUUUGCCGUCAAGUAUGACCAAGCGUUGAAGAGGAUUGUGAAAAGGGAAAGUGAUGAAGAUUUUGAGUCCGAACAUAAGUUUCGGAUUGUGAAUGACAAUGAAUUUUUGUUGAAGCAUGCGGCAAAAGUUUAUACUAGAAACAUCUUCAACAAGUUCAAGAAUGAAAUGAGUGAAGUCUUUCAUUACAAAGUUGAAAAUGCGGAAAAUGCCAAUAGAUUUCAAUUGUUCAUAGUGAAGUCAAAAGAUGAUGAACUUCAAAAGUUUACCGUGACAUUGGAUUUGCAAACCUACGAGGGUAUGUGUGAAUGCCAAAACUUUGAGUUUGUUGGAAUUUUGUGUAGACACAUGUUGAAAGUGUUUGUCCGACUAGACAUUGAUGCAAUACCGGACCAUUUUAUUCUUCCACGAUGGAGGCAAAAGGCCAACAAAUUUAGGAUCAUUGAUUCCGAAGGAUUAGUGCAUGGCAAUGGCAAAGAAGAAUCCGAGUCAUUAUGACUUAGACAUGUGUCAAGAAUCUACAAAAUUGGCUUGUUUGGCCGCCCCAUCAAAUGAGGCAUACACAAUUUAUAUUGAAGCUAUGAAUGCUCUCCACAAGAAGCUCCAAAAAGUAGUUUCUCAUGUGCCUCCAAUCGAUGUUUGUGAUGAUAGAGAUAAUUUACAUUCUAUUGAGCCAUCUCAGAUAUUGCUUUCGGCUCCAAACAUCUCACUAACCAAGGCUAGGAAAAAGGAUGUGAAGGGAAAAGGUGCUAGUAUAAACUCUGGAAGAUUGAAAAGUGGUAUGGAGUUGGCAUUAAGCAAGAAGAAAAGAAAGUGUAACUUGUGCAAAAAUUCAGGACAUGAUAAAAGGACUUGUCCUUCAAAUCCAAUGAGUAAAGCUAACAAAUGUAAGUGAAUUACAAUUUUUUUUGACAUUAAUGUUCUUAUUUACUUCGCAUUAAUAAUGUUACUUUUUCCUAAUUCUCAAUUUUCUUCAACAGCCUUAGAAGUGAAAGCACAAUAUUCUAAUAGUGACCAAGAGUUUACUUAAUGAGGAGAUGGUCAAACAUCGUUGGAGCGAAGGCUAGGAUUGCUCUGAAUAACCAUGGAGUAUUUUUGUAAGUCAACUCAUGGAGUCGUAUAGUAUUUGAGAUGCUGAUUUUGUUUUGUUUCAGAAUGUUGAUUAAGUAGGUUACUUGAUGCUGUGUUUUGUAAAGAAAAUGAAAAUGUUUAGGAACUUGUGAGGUAUUUCUGGGUUCUUGUUUGA